AUGGGAGGGACAAUAAUUGUUAGCCUGGGCGACUCGGGCACUGGUGCUAGUGCAGUUGCAUCAAACCCUGCUCUUGGGGAUCUUAUGGCACUUUUAUCUUCAAUGUUUUAUGCUGCGUACAUUACCCUAAUUCGGCAGAAGUUGCCGGAUGAAGACAAUGAAGCACAGGGCCAUGCUAGUAUGGCCCAGUUUCUCGGGUUCUUGGGCCUGUUCAACCUUGUGUUGUUUUUCCCUGUUGCUCUCGUACUUGACCUCUUUGAGCUCGAGCGUUUUAGUUCUCUUAGCAGGAAGCAGUUUGGUCUGAUUGUUGGUAAAGGUCUACUGGACAAUGUACUGAGCGAUUAUUUGUGGGCCAAGGCCGUUUUACUGACGUCAACCACUGUGGCCACAGCUGGUCUCUCAAUUCAAGUGCCAUUGGCAGCCAUUGUUGAUAAAUUGACUGGAAAUGCGCCUGCUGCCUUGGAUUAUAUUGGAGGUGCUGCCAUCAUGCUUGGUUUCACGGGUAUCAACAUCCCUUCGGAUGUUUUUGCCGGAGCUAAAGAAGCAGACAUUAAAUUGGAGAAAAUCCUUGACGAAGACUACUCCCUCGGUAAGUCCCUCUCCGACAAACACAUCGUCCAGCUGGCAUCCAGGGGCGACCACUCCAACGCCGUCAAUGUCGUUCUAACGGCGAGCGAUGUCACCGUCAACGGCUUCUGCCUCAACCGCUGCGGGACCCAUGGCUCCAGCAUUGCCCCCAAGAGUUAUUCCAAGUUCGCCUACAUAUGGGUUGGCAACUCUGAGACCCAGUGCCCCGGGUACUGCGCCUGGCCUUUCCACCAGCCCACUUACGGCCCACAGAGCCCGCCAUUGGUUGCGCCCAACAACGAUGUUGGCCUCGACGGUAUAGUCAUGACCUUGAGUGGGCUUCUGGCGGGCACCGCCACCAAUCCCUUCGGGAAUGGGUACUAUCAGGGCUCGGCCGAGGCCCCACUGGAAGCCGCAACGGCCUGCCCUGGAGUUUACGGGAAAGGGGCCUACCCGGGCUACGCCGGGGACCUAUUGGUGGACCCAGCCACAGGGGCCAGCUACAAUGCCCAUGGCGCCAACGGCCGCAAGUACUUGCUCCCUGCCAUAUACGAUCCCACCACUUCCAAAUGUUCCACACUCGUCUAA